AUGAAAGUAUUUGUCUCUUUACUUCUUACUAUUGGUAUUGCCUAUGGUGCAGUUUUACCAAGCAAACCCGACUGCGCUUUUACAAUGUGUAUGGCGGUUUUUCAAGUAUGUUCAGAUGGUACACCAGCUCCAAUUCCAGCUGAUGAAUGCUGUCCAUCAUUGAGCGCUUGCAAAGCUGUUGAGACUCCAGUUAAACCUAUCACAAACUGUGCUUCUACUAUGUGUACCAUGUCUAUUAAACUCUGUCCAGAUGGAACACGGGCUCCAGUACCAGUUGGUGAAUGUUGUCCACAUGUUAAAGCUUGCAAAGCUGUUGAGACUCCAGUUUCACCAGCCAAGCCCGACUGCUCUUCUACAUUCUGUGCGAUGGUUAUUCAGCAAUGUCCAGAUGGUACACCAGCUCCAAUUCCAGCUGAUGGAUGUUGUCCAUCAACGAGUGCUUGCGCAGCUGUUCAGACUCCAGUUAAACCCAUUACGAACUGUGCUUUUGCUAUGUGUACCAUGUCUAUUAAACUCUGUCCUGACGGAUCAAUGGCUCCCAUACCAGCUGGUGAAUGUUGUCCACAUGUUAAAGCUUGUAAAACAAGUGGUACGUAG